UUACAACAGUUCACAUCUAGCUUUACCCAAAGACACAACCAUAUAUAACAUAAGUUACUACUGUCAGCUUGGUUAGUAAAGUAAAAGAUGUCUAAGCCGUAAUGAGUGAGACACGGAGGCACAAGUUGGAAGAGCUGCUGCUGUGUGAACUAGCUACCUAUCCGCACAGUGGUUGUUGAUCUAUGGCGCAUCACUAACCAAGUUCAGUUAUUUGUAUGAAGUGAAGAGCUGACGUACCCCGAAUAAGAAACGAAUGCCGAGAGUGUUUAUCGAUGGACGACCUGUGGAAUGUGUCCGAUGAGCAAGACGCCGCCCUGGUCAUUUUGACCUUCCUUCAAGCGGACUGUAGCAACUCGCAGUACAGCAGGGAGCUUCUAUCUCUGGGCAAGGAUUUAAAUCUCACCCGGGACAUCAACUGCAAUGGCACCAGUAUAAACGCUCUGGACGACGGUGACCUCGAAACUGAUGGUCACCUGCCCAACUACACCUCAGUCUCUCUAAAUGAUAUCCAGCCUUCGGUGGAACUGCAGUGGCCCAGGAACCGUGAGGUCGCAGCAGCCCUUCAGCAGGUUGCAGAAGAGCUGAAAGAAAUCGCCGCCCAGAUUGAACACAAUGUUGUGGCUCAGGCUACCAGAAACCUGAGAAAGAACAUAUCCUCCUGCCAUUCUCAACAGUGGAAAAAACACCUAACAAAGGAGGUGGAAUGGGUUAUGGAGCAGGGCGUUGGUCUGGAGCAUCUACACAAGGAGCGACUCAUGAUGGCCCUCACUCUCACCCUGGUGAAGGGAGUGUGUGAGCAGGCCCCCCAGUUUCUGAGAAACCUCUUCAACACUGCCCUGCAGUACUUCAUCUCUGCAAGGACCAGGUGACUUUUGAGCUGCAAGCUGAGAGGAAAUUACAGAGAAAUGUGUGGUAGAAGACAGUUAAAUCUGAAACUGGCAUCUGCUCCUCAUGACCAGUCCACUGUGAAAGGAGCUGCGUUGACUUAGCAGUAAAACCAAUCAUUUUUCAGAUUUUGGAAACAGGAAAUUGAAUGUUUGUUUGUGACACUUGAAUUUUUUCAUUAUUUGAUGUUCUCUGAAUCAUAAUGCGUUUGUUUACUCUUGCUUAAGCAUUUUUCCUUUUCCUAUCUUAUAAUUUUUUUUAUUUUUUUUUAACAUUCAUUUGCUUUUGAGUAAAGCCAAUUUAUUGUGUAACUUGAAUAAAUAUACAGUAUUUUUUCCUGGAA